AUGUCGUCCUUCUUCACACUUCCAGCUUCUGCGAAGAAGCGGAAGAGGACAAACGACCCUGCGCCUGCCAGGAACAGCAAGGCUCCAGCCUCGAAGCCUCGCAAAGUACGCGACGAGUCCAUUUCCGGAAGCGACGACGACGACGAUGAGCAUGCCUCUUCACGAAAUCGAGCGCUAGAAGUGCACAGCGACAGCGACGAGAGCGAUGAUGAAGACGAGGAUGUGGCGUCGAAACGAAUUCGACUAGCAGAACAAUAUCUGGCCAACACUCAGCGAGAAAUCCUGGACGAAGCGGGAUUUGAUGCGGCCGAUGUCGACAAAGAGAAUUUGGCGCGGCGCAUGGGCGAGAGGUUGAAGGAGGAUACGGCAGAGACAAAAGGCCGCAUCUACCGCUGGAUCAGCGAGGACUUUGACUGGAGCAAAGCAGAGCGCACUCAAUUUAGACAUCAUCAGAAGAGUGUGACUGGGGUGGCAAUAUGUGAAAAGGAUGGCCUGGCAUACACUGUGGGCAAAGACUGCAUUCUUGCCAAGUGGCAAUUACAAUCGAUAGAUCGAGAGGCAGGCAGGAGCAGAAAGCCGAAGCUUCUCGCAGUGAGUAAAAGGUUCGGCGACAAGAAGAGCAAGCAGGAAUUGGAGCAUCACACAAAAGCUGUACGCUGUGUCGCUGCGAGUCAGGAUGGCAAGUUUGUCGCAACUGGUGGAUUGGACAAGAAGCUCAUCAUCUGGGAUGCUGCGACACUGCGGCCGCUCAAGACUUUCUUCUACCAGAACUCGCAUCGAGACUCGAUAGAUGGUCUGGCGUUCCGGAGAGGCACCAAUCAGCUUUUUAGUGCAAGCAGAGAUCGAACCGUGAAGAUUUGGAGCCUGGACGAGCUGACAUAUGUCGAGACUUUGUUCGGACAUCAAGACGAGGUGGCAGAUGUAUCGGCGUUGGCGGAGGAAAAGUGUGUGACCGUUGGGGGUAGAGAUCGAACGGCGAGACUAUGGAAGGUGGUUGAAGAGAGUCAGCUGGUCUUUCGAGGAGGUGGAGCACCAAAGAUAUCGAAACACAAAAGCAAAGACAACGACAGCGGGAUCGAUGUGAGCGCGGAUCACGAUCCACCACACGAGGGCUCUAUGGAUCGAGUGGCAUGUUUAGAUGACGAGACAUUUAUUACUGGCUCGGAUAACGGCUCUCUUGCACUCUGGAAUGUGCACAAGAAGAAGCCUGUACACGUCUACCCACUUGCACAUGGCAUGGAUCCGCCCUUGCCCUUGGAGCAAGUCAGUGCGGAACAAGUGCCGACCGAAGACGCGAGAACAAAACCACAAGCUCGAUGGAUCACCGCCCUACGAGCAAUCCCAUUCUCAGACGUAUUUGUGUCCGGAUCGUGGGAUGGCUAUGUCCGAGUAUGGAAGCUCAGCCCGGACAAGCGCCGAAUCGAGUCCAUGGGUAGGCUGGGAUGUUUGGAGAGCUCAGUCGACAACCUCUUGGAUGAAUUUGGCUUGAGUCCAGCCGCACUCUCGAGUAGUGCUCUCCAAGCGGUCUCAGAGGGAAGCAAAAAGCACGGUAUCGUCUCUGGAAUCGUCAACGACCUGGCCAUCGUAGACCGAGGCGAUCGUGCAAAGGAUGGCGUGAUGGUGAUUGCAGCCGUGGGCAAAGAGCACCGACUCGGUAGCUGGAAGGUCGUGGAGGCGGGCAUCAACUACAGUGUGCUGUUUGAAGUGCCCAGAAAAGUCCUGCAGGAUGAGGGAAAGGCUGAUAGCAGCGCAGAAGAGAAAGAUGCCGAAUUUGGUGGUUUCGAGUAGAACUCGAAGCAGCUUUCUAUUUCACACAUUGGGGAGAACAAGCUGUACAAGUAUCGCGUCGUCGUGAGGCGUGAAUAGGAAAUACGUACGUACCUGGAUGCACAAUAGUUAUAUUAUUAUUGACAUCAAAGCCAC